AUGGAAGGUGAACAAGUAAACGUUAUAAUUGACCUAGUCAAUGAGAUUUCCAACAUCUCUGACUUCAGGCCUAUGGUGAAGAAACAGUAUUGUAAUUUAGCACGAAGGUUGAAGCUCUUGAUCCCUUUGUUCGAGGAGAUUCGGGAUAUGAAAGAUUCAAUCCCUGAUCACACUUCAAAAGCUCUGAUUUUGUUUAAACAAGCUUUGGAAUCAGCUAGGGAGCUUCUCAGAUUUGGAAGCGAAGGAAGCAAGAUUUACAUGGUCCUUGAGCGAGACCAGAUUAUGAACAAAUUCUAUGACGUGACAGCUCGGUUGGAACAAUCACUGGAUGGAAUUUCCUAUGAUAAACUUGAUAUAUCAGAUGAAGUUAAAGAGCAGGUUGAACUAGUUCUUGCUCAGUUUCGAAGAGCAAAAGCGAGAGUUGAUGAACCAGAUAUCAAGUUGUAUGAAGAUAUUUCAUCCCUUUACAACAAUAGCAGUGACGCAGCAACAGAUUCAGCUGUACUAAGUCGACUAGCCGACAAAUUGCAAUUGAUGGGAAUAGCCGAUCUUACUCAAGAAUCACUCGCUUUGCAUGAGAUGGUGGCAGUAAGUAGUGGGGACCCAGGGGCGCGCAUUGAGAAAAUGUCAAUGUUAUUGAAGAAGAUAAAGGAUCACGUGCAAAUAGAAAACCUUGUCAAGGACGAUACUAUAAUAGCAAAGGGCGUUUCUUCAGGAUUUCAAGGACUAGGGAAAAAUGAUAUGAAUCAUCAGGCUGCUGUUAUCCCAAGUGAUUUUAAAUGUCCGAUUUCCUUGGAAUUGAUGACGGAUCCUGUCAUUGUUUCAACAGGACAGACUUACGAGCGUUCCUGUAUUGAGAAGUGGUUGCAAGACGGGCACAUGACAUGCCCAAAAACACAGCAGUCUCUCACCAGUACUGUUCUCACACCCAACUAUGUCUUACGCAGCCUGAUAGAACAAUGGUGUGAAGCCAAUGGCAUAGAGCCACCAAAACGACCCAGCACUUCUGAGCCAAGUAAAUCAGCAUCAGCCUGCUCCCCAGCUGAGCGAAGUAAGAUUGAAAAUCUAAUUCAAAAGCUCACAUCUGGCGGUCCUGAAGACCAGAGAUUAGCUGCUGGCGAGAUCCGCCUUCUUGCAAAACGCAAUGCAGAUAAUCGCGUAGCUAUUGCUGAAGCUGGUGCAAUACCUCUCCUCGUUGGUCUCCUCUCUGUGCCCGACUCCCGAACUCAAGAGCAUGCUGUAACAGCGCUUCUGAAUCUUUCCAUACAUGAGAGUAACAAAGGAAGCAUUGUCUCUUCAGGAGCAGUUCCAGGCAUAGUUCAUGUGCUGAAGAGGGGAAGCAUGGAAGCUCGGGAAAACGCGGCUGCAACACUUUUCAGCCUUUCAGUUAUAGAUGAAAAUAAGGUUACAAUUGGUUCUUCCGGAGCCAUAUCACCACUGGUGACACUGCUGAGCGAGGGUACCCAAAGGGGUAAGAAAGACGCUGCCACAGCACUCUUCAAUUUGUGCAUUUACCAAGGAAACAAGGGAAAGGCAGUGAGAGCUGGUGUUAUUCCCACGCUGAUGCGACUUCUGACAGAACCUAGCGGGGGAAUGGUGGAUGAAGCAUUGGCCAUUUUGGCAAUUUUGUCUAGUCAUCCCGAAGGGAAGUCUGCCAUUGGUGCUGCAGAGGCAGUGCCGGUGUUGGUAGAGUUUAUUGGGAAUGGAUCCCCAAGGAACAAGGAGAAUGCAGCUGCAGUGUUAGUUCACCUUUGUUCUGGCGAUCGACAGUAUAUAGCGCAGGCAGAGGAGCUGGGGGUGAUGGCUCCAUUGUUGGAAUUGGCUCAAAAUGGUACUGACAGAGGUAAAAGAAAGGCAACACAAUUGAUAGAGCGUAUGAGCAGGAUCCGGGAGCAAGAACAGCAUGAAGUUCAGAUACAAGCUGAACUUCUACCUCAGAAUGAUGAUAUCCAACCACCACCUUUGAUCAUUAACCUCGACAUUGACACCUGA